AUGAAUGAUAAUGGGGAUUUAGUGCUGACAAACAGUAUAUCUUUAUACUUAAUCGAUCUUUCAUUCUCUGCCCUUGAAAAAGAAGAGGUCUCUGAAGUUCCACAGAAAGUAACUUGGAUUUUUGUCAUUCCUUCAUUUAUUUAUAGCUCUCGUUUGAGACCACCAUUAUCACGGAAGCUGAUUUUGUGCGACUCAGAUCCACAAGGAUUCCAAUCUCGCAUAGUGUUCUUCCAAGAUUUCGUCGAGUUAACGAGCCCAGUGGACUCCAGCAGGCUCUGCUCGUUAUCGAGCCUCGGUUCUCGAAUUGACGCCAUUGACACACCCAGAACUCGAAACACAAUGUCAGAACAGGAUAAGGCAGAUAUGGCGAUAGUGAAAAAAUGGCCGGUCCAGGAUAUUGUCUAUGUCUCCAUCAUCGGGCCAGUCAUGCUGGCAGCCUUACUAGAAUGGUUUCUUCACCUCGCUGCGUUCGUCUACUGCCUGUGCAAAGUGUAUCGAAAGGCAGACCACUGGAGUGUCAAAGUUCUCGCGGUACUGAUGAUAGUUCUCUUCAUAACUUUGCGAGGCAUAUUCCUACCGGCCAUGAUAGUGACACUUCCUUUGCCAGCAGAGGUGUCCGAGCACUUCCCCGCUGCCCUGGUCUCCUUCCUCCAAUGGUUUGCUUUCUGGACAUUCUCGGUUUUACUCGUCAUACCCUGGCUGUUUUGCAUCUACAGACUCGCUACCAACUCCCUGGGUAGAGAGCAACGGAUAAAGGAGGUUCUAGAUGACAGCACUGCUCCCAAAACAGUGAUCAUCAUGCCAGUAUACAAGGAAGACCCUGCGGUUUUGAUCAAAGCUAUCGACUCAGUCGUUGACUCUGACUACCCUGCGUAUUGUAUCCAUGUGUUCCUUUCAUACGACGGCGGUCUCGUCGAUGAGCCCUUCUUCCGUGUAAUUCAACACCUUGGGAUCCCAAUCACGCUUACAUCUUACCCCCAGAGUAUUGAUGUGACCUACAAAGGUGCAAGGAUUACCGUCUCCCGCUUCAAGCAUGGAGGGAAGCGCCAUUGCCAGAAGCUGACUUUCAAGCUGAUCGACAAGAUCUAUGCCGGUUAUCUUAAGCAGCACGACGAUCUUUUUGUCUUGUUUAUUGACUCCGAUUGCAUUCUCGACCGUCUAUGUCUCCAGAAUUUCAUGUACGAUAUGGAACUCAAACCUGGGAGCAAGCACACCAUGCUGGCAAUGACAGGAGUCAUCACUUCAACCACCGAGAAGAACUCACUCAUUACCGUCUUACAGGAUAUGGAAUAUGUCCAUGGCCAGCUGUUCGAGCGUUCCGUCGAGUCUGGCUGCGGGGCCGUAACUUGUCUCCCGGGCGCUCUGACAAUCCUGCGGUUUUCAGCUUUUCGAAAGAUGGCUCCAUACUACUUUGCAGACAAAGCUGGGAACUGCGCAGAUCUCUUCGACUUUGGCAAAUCACACCUGGGAGAAGACCGCUGGCUCACACAUUUGUUUAUGAUUGGAGCAACGAAACGCUAUCAAAUCCAAAUGUGCACGAGCGCAUUCUGCAAGACAGAGGCUGUUCAGACGUUCCGGAGCCUUCUCAAGCAGCGGCGUCGAUGGUUUCUUGGUUUCAUCACGAACGAGGCAUGCAUGCUCACAGACGCCAGGCUCUGGGCGCGGUACCCUCUGCUCUGUUUUGUUCGUUUUAUGCAAAACACCAUUCGAACUACCGCGUUGCUUUUCUUCAUCAUGAUAGUCUCUGUGUUGACUACGUUCAACAAGGUCUCUAAUCUGCCUGUGGGGUUCAUUGCCAUUUCUCUCGGUCUAAACUACCUGAUGAUGCUCUACUUUGGGGCAAAGUUGAAGCGAUUCAAGGCCUGGCUCUAUCCAGUAAUGUUCGUGUUAAACCCAUUUUUCAACUGGAUAUACAUGGUGUACGGGAUCUUUACAGCUGGUCAGCGCACGUGGGGUGGCCCUAGAGCAGAUGCUGCUGCCGCUGACGAGCACACCACUCCCGAGGAAGCUGUCGAACAGGCCCGAGCCCAGGGGGAUGACCUGAACGUCGAUCUGGAGACGUUCCGGACGAACGAAGAAGACAAAAAAACCAUUCCUAUUCGUCCUUCAGGCAAUAUUGAAGGGCGUUUCGUCGCAGCCGCGUCGUUUUACUCGCUCCCAUCCGCACCUCCUCUCAGCCUGUCUGGAAGCAACUAUGCGUAUGACUCCCCUUCGACGUCUGAUACGGGCACCACCUCAAUUGCCCUGCCCCGAAGAGUGGAGAGCCUGAUAAGUGAAGAGGAUCGGGUGAAGCUUAUGAUAGCCCGGCAGAUACAAGCAUCGAACAGCAGUUUCAAUAUUCAUUCUGAUGAGUCGAGUGAGAUGGACAAGGCGCCUUUUCUACGACAAAGCAACCAGCAGCAGAUUGAUGACCCAGAACUUGGACUUGAGCUGCUGUCCUCAGGCGAACCGAUCGACAGGGAACUAUUGGCGGAGCUGGCGCGGUCAGGAACCGCCCUGAUUUCCGCCAGCCAAUUGGUCUCCAGCCACAGCAUUGCAGGUCCCCCGAGCCUGCGACAGGAAACGACGAUCGGUAGUGACAUCGGCGAGAACCAUCCGCCGCCAAGUGACCAGCAGACCGAGGACGAGGGGACGAGGCGGAAGCUGCGUAAAAAGUUCCGCAGGCAUUUCCGAAAACCAGAGGAACCGGGCGAUCUAGUCUGAUUAGAAGGCCUCAUCGCUCUUCCUUUCCUUUUGUCUUUCCUUUCUUCUUCCUUGUCAACAACCCUGUUGGUACUAUUUAUUACUAUUCGUGGAUGAUCGGACCCUAGGUAAUUGGCACCGUCUUGUCGGUUUCACGCGUUUGACCAAGGCGCAACCGCUACUACUUGGCUUAUAG